AUGUGCAGUGCUAAGCGCAUUAUGAAAAGUAUCACAUGGGACUUUGAAGGUUCUAACGAAACUAUAUACGAAUGCAAUAGUAAAGGUAAACUUAUUCUAAGUAAGAAAAACCCACGCACACAGAAACAGAUGUCUUCAGAUUUAGCUAAAUUCUAUAACCCAUCAUUGGAAUCAUUUACUCCUAUGAAUAUUCCUAUGCAUCCCAUUGAUUUUCCUGUUCCUUUAAUACUCCAAGAACAAAAGCAACAAGAAGUAGAACAACAAUAUGAACUACAAUCAUUUGGAGAAAUUGCAGAUGUUGAUCUUUACAAAGACGACUUCAUUCUCGAUAAUUCAUUCGAAAAUACUCUUAAUGACGAAGAAUUAUUUUUUGAGACUUUUGAUGUUAUUUGA